UCGAGCAUAUCUACAGUUAUGUACACCCAAUAUCUCGAACAACUUCAGCUAAAGAAUAUUUCAUUUCAUGCAGCGAAAAUAUUUUAUCAGCAAUUUUUGGAUCCCUGAAAGGGAUAUCCAACAGUUGAGUGUAUAGUGUAUUGAUGAGUGGUAUGAUCAACGUUUCUCGAACGUAUUACUGAUUGAUUUUUUUUUUAAAUCAUAGAUUAUCAACUCUUGGUGGGAAUAAUUGUUUCCAUUUUACGUACCAUCGCAACAUUUACCUGGGUUUUUUAUGAUCUUUUAAUAAUUAUGGUAUCAAUCGGUCUUGCAGAAAGAUACAAACAACUCAAUGAAAUUGUUAGUUAUAAGAUCACAAACAGUUUAAUAGAAAGAAUUAAUUGGCGGAAAAUAAAAGAAAAAUAUGCUAUAAUGAAUGAACUUGUCAAAGAAGCAGACGAUAUUGUUUCACCACUAAUAUUAUUAUCAUGUUGCAUGAAUGUAUAUAUGAUUUGCGUACAAACAUCAGAAGGAAUAAGAAUAUUGACAAGUGAGGCAAAGAUCCCAAUAUUCCAUUGUUGGGCACUUUUUUCAAUUGUUUUUCGAACAAUGGUAGUUGUGUUGUCCACAGCCAAAAUUGAUGAUGAAAGUGGACAUGCAUUAUCAAUAUUUUCCUGUUGUCAUCCAUCGGUUUUUAUCAUUGAGGUUAUUUGGAUGCAACAGAAACUGUCAAUCGAUAGAGUUUCAUUUACAGCGAUGAAGUUUUUUCCGAUGACUCGUAAAUUUAUAUUGACUAUCACUGGGACAAUUGUUACAUAUGAAAUCGUUUACAUGCAGUUUCGAGGGAUUCGGUAG